AUGGCCACCUCUGCUGUCCAGAUUAUUGGACUGGUGUUCGGUGGUAUCGGCAUGGUGGGGACGCUGGCCACCACCAUCAUGCCCCAGUGGAGAGUGUCUGCCUUCAUUGGAAGCAACAUCGUGGUUGCUGAAAACAGAUGGGAAGGACUGUGGAUGGCAUGUAUGCGGCACGCCAACAUCAGGAUGCAGUGCAAAGUGUAUGAUUCUCUGCUGGCUCUUCCUCCAGAGCUGCAGGCCUCCCGGGGGUUGAUGUGCGCUGCCUCGGUGCUUUGUUUCUUGGCUUUCAUGAUAGCCAUCCUCGGCAUGAAGUGCACCCGCUGCACAGGGGACAACAGCAAGGCGAAGGGCUACAUCCUGCUGACGGCUGGAAUUAUCUUCAUUGUCUCUGCCAUCGUGGUGCUCAUCCCCGUGAGCUGGGUUGGCAACUCCAUCAUCAGGGAUUUCUACAACCCACUGCUGGACGUGGCCCUGAAGCGUGAGCUUGGGGAAGCCCUCUACAUCGGCUGGGUCACGGCCUUGGUGCUGCUUGCUGGAGGGAUCAUCUUCUGUUGCCAGACAUGCUGCAGCGAAAGGAGCAGUAAUAGCUACAGGUACUCCAUACCUUCUCAUCACACGACCCCCAAAAGCUUUCAUGUGGAGAAGAAGUCGCCCAGUGUGUACUCCAAAAGUCAGUAUGUGUAG